AGAAUGAAUAACACAUCUCGUCCUCGUGUCAAUUUUGACUUUGGACACAGAUUCCUGCCUCCUGUUUUCAUCUCAGUAUUCAUCGUUGGUCUGGUGGCUAAUGGAUGGGGAUUGAAGUCUUUGCUGCAGAAAUGGAGGAAACUAAAGAUCAUCAAUGUUUUUGUUCUCAAUCUUGGUCUUGCAGAUAUUUUGUACCUGCUCACACUCCCAUUUCUGAUGGUGUACCAUUUUAUGGGGAGUAAAUGGAUCUUUGGAGUCACAUUCUGCAAGAUAACAAGAUUCUGCUUCAACCUGAAUUUAUAUGGCAGCAUUGGGUUCCUUACUUGUAUAAGUGUGUACAGGUACCUGGCCAUUGUCCAUCCAGUGAGAGUGAUGGGAAGAUUAACUGUGACCCAUUCUGUGGCUAUCUCAAUCAUGGUUUGGCUGCUGGUGAGCAUUCAAUGUCUCCCUGACAUGUUUUACACCAAGACAUAUGGAAACAGGCCUGGGAAAUGCUAUGAUACCACCCAUAAGACAUACGUUGAGGAUUACCUGAAAUACAGCUUCGGAUGGACACUCACUGGAUUUUGCCUCCCCUUACUCAUCACACUGGGUUGCUAUGGACACAUAGCUAUAGUUUUAUGGACUAGAAAGAGAAUUGACAAGGUACAGAAACAGAGAGGUUUGAAGUUGUUGCUCAUCUUAAUUCUUCUCUUCUCUGUUUGUUACAUCCCCUAUCAUGUAUUCAAGAACCUCAACCUCUGGUCAAGAGUUUUACUAAAACGGCAGAUAUUCUAUAAAUGGUCUAAUACAAUCUACAUUGCUCAUCAGAUAAGUCGUGCACUUGUGUGUCUGAACAGUGUUCUUAACCCUCUGGUUUACCUCCAUGGAAAUGAAGAUAUUCCUGCUCAGCUUAGACAGCUGCUCCAGAGAGCUUGUCCAAUGUUCAGCCGUUCGCCUCCAAGAAACUCUGUUAAUGUGUCGAUGACGGAAAUGACCGAAUUCAAUCAGAGUUUUAUACAUGAAAAAUAG